AUGAGUGAAGGAGGUAUCUCUUCAGCUCCACCUGUUUUUCCUGUUGUUUCUGCAGACUCGGAAGGUGCUAAUCCGACAGAGGAACAGGAGAGUUCUCCACCAUCCCGGGUUUUACACUGCAGUGGGUGCAUUGUGUGGCCUCGCCAGCAAACCUGGUUGUGCGUCGUCCCUCUUCUCAUUGGAUUCAUUGGGCUCGGACUCAGCUUGAUGCUGCUCAGGUGGAUUGUGGUGGGAUCGGUCAAGGAAUAUGUGCCGUCGGAUCAACUGGAAUCCAACCCCGUUGGGCAAGAUCCCAUCUUCCUCUCCAAACCAAGCUCUGUCCCCAAGCAUGCAGAGACCACUACCACGUACGCUGCUGCAAACCCUCCCACCAGUACUGUUAGCCCCAGUACCCGGGGUACAAUGUCCGUCACGCCUAGGCUCGCCACCCAGGGUACAAUACACUCCACCACUGCCCUCCACAGCCCCUCGACCCCGACGCCGAGACCAAGGGCCCCGCUCACCUCCAGUGCCCCGGGAACUUCAUCCUACCGCCUCACACCCACUGCCACCCAUGGCACUCCCUGGCAGACAGUGCCCUAUUCUACCUCUUCAAGCAAAUUCUUCCUGCACGACUCCACGCCAUCCUGGACGCUAUCGAAAUUGGGGGAAUCGACCACUGGCACUCACUCCGUCAUCAGACCUAAAUUUCCCACGACCACCUAUACAACAGAGAGGUCGGAGCACUUUAAGCCGUGCACAGAUAAGGACCUCGCCUACUGCCUGAAUGAGGGAGAGUGCUUCAUCAUUGAAACCCUCACUGGAAAUAACAAACACUGCCGGUGCAAGGAAGGAUACCAGGGUGUUCGGUGUGACCAGUACUUGCCGAAAACUGACUCUAUCCUAUCUGACCCAACAGAACAUCUGGGAAUAGAAUUCAUGGAAAGCGAAGAUAUGUACCAGCGACAGAUCAUGUCAAUAACCUGCAUCACGAUUGGACUGACGGUGGUCGGGAUGCUCUGCGUGGUUCUUUACUUUAAAACAAAAAAACAAAGGCAGAAGCUUCGUGAUCAAAGCAAGGAGAUUCGCUUUGCAAAAAGUUACAGCCUGAACACCAGUGAAGUGAGGAGACCGGACAGUCCUCAUCAGAACGUCUUACCCCUGGAGAAGUACACAAAGCCUGACACCAACAUGAUGGAGAAUCAGCGCAAGGUUCUGGAAUCGCAGUUCUCAGCUGCCGGGUCAUCCCCAGCCAAGUCCUCGCCUUCACAAAAAUCAGUGGGGAAACCACAGAGGUAUUGCUCUUCCUCGUCUCUUAGCCAACGGCAGCUGGGCAGGAUGUCGUCGAAGGUCAGCCCUCGCCCCUCACCACCUCGACUCCAUGGUUCGAAGAGUUCAGUUGGAGAAGUACAAGCCUCAAAGUCUCCCAGUACAAACGGCCAGAUACAAGAUCAACUCUCUUCAGCCAAUGACUUGUUAGACAGCAAACGACCUGCAGCGACCUGUCGAAAACCCCCAGAUGGUGCCCAUGGGAUGUGCCCUGCUGCCUCACACCGACAUGUCCACCUGUGCACUUUGGAGCUCAGAGAUAAAAGGGCGUCGCCGCAGUGCUGGGCGGCCUCGGUCCCCGUUACCCCACUGAUGGGGGAGAAGGGCUGCGUCCAGGUACAAGUGGAGAGCCAGGAAUGCGGCUGCGCAGAGCACGACCCGCACUCCUUCCCGAGCGUUAGCGCGCCCAACACCCCACUCCACGUGGCCGAGGGUCAGCAAGUGGAGAUGCUUCUUCAGACGGUGCAGCGGCAGAUCCAGAUCCUGGCUUUAGCCAGCCGGAAGCCGGAGGACUAUGAACUGAUCAAUGAGUGCGAGGAGGCAGCCGGAGAAAACACAGCCUUCCUUCCCGUGGCUUCGGCCGAGGAGGUGCCAUUCCUGCUGAAGAAGGAACAGUGCAGAGACUGUGACCUAGGGAAGUGACAUU